GAUUAACAACUAAAAUACAAUAGAGUUGAGGUUCUUUAAUUAUUAAUUAUUCUAUGUUGGAAAAGAAUAAACAAUAAAGAAAAUAAUUUUGUGAAUAUUUCCCUGAAUAUGGCUCUAGGUAAUAAAGGCUGUAAUGUAUGAUUCAAGAGUUGGCGUUCUAUAUGUUAAUUAUUUUAUGCUACAAUCAGAAGACUUAUUUUGUGAUUGUUGUGUUGGAUGGACGUAAUAAAAUAUACAAAAAUUUACAAAAAAGAGAAAAAAAUAUGAAUUCUUCAUUAAAGGGAAGAUUCUUCCCCAAUGAGUGCUACAUUUGUAAAUCAAGAAAAAAACUAGAAAGAUGUGAUUGCAAAACGAUCGCCUAUUGCUCCAAGGAACAUCGUUUACAACAUUUAUCAGUUCACGAGAGUUUCUGCAAAGCAAUUCAAGAAGUAAUAAAAGAAAAAGCAUUAUUGCGCUUUCAUAAAAAGUUACCUCCAAAAAUGGACAAUAAUGAUAUUUGGAAUGAUGCCUCAGGAGAUAAACUUGAUUUAGAAAAGAAAUUAGGAAGAAAUAUGACUCCAUUGGAACUUUCAAUGUGGAUUCGUCCCCGAGUUUGUUUCACUUGUAAUAGUUCAAAAGGUUAUUUACAUAGCUGUCCAGAUUGUCCAAUUGUAAGUUUUUGUAAAUCUCACAAAACUAACCAAGCUCAUACCCAACAUUGUAAAUUAAUGAACAGAUAUUUAAAAACCCUGUCAACAGCAGAGGAACUAAAUAUUGAUUUGCAAUUUUUACCACUAUGUUUUCCAUACACAACGGAGAGAUUUGAGUUUCUGGAUCCUCUCACGUAUACAGUGAAUGAUUAUCAUUACGAGUCAAAAUGCAACGAGUCAGCAUCGACGAAAGAAAAUUUAAUCGAUUUCAUUAAUAUUGCUUCAAAAUUGAAUGUUGCUUUAGAAAAGAUCUACGACAAAGUUCCAGAGAAGAUUGUCCUUCACAUCGAAGGAUUGCACCAUAAUCGUGCAAUUCUAAAGGAACAUUAUUGGGAAUUUCUUUUGCACGCGAAUCCAAAGAUAAAGAAUCUAAAAAUUGUCAUCACGAAGAAUAAUUUGUUAAAAUCGAGUUCGGAGAAUUAUUCCCUUUGUGAAAAAUGUGUUAAAACGGAGAGAAAAUUGUCUGUUGAAAAGUGUUCAUUAGACUACGAGGAUUAUUUGUUACAAGACAAUUAUCAAGUGCCCGAUGUUCUUUUCUAUUUUAAAUAUAUAAAUGAUUACAAUUUUAAAAGAUUUAACGAGUGGAUUAAAAUCGGUUGUUCCAUUAUUUUGCUAACUUUUAAAAAAAAUGAUUUCUUUCGAGAACCGUAUUUUCUUGCGUUUUUGCAUGGAAAUCUUGAAAUGAUUUUCAAUGGAGAAAUUAACACAGCUUUUAAUGAAAAACAGGAAUUUGAGACAGACAGUCAUUUUGUUAUUUUUCAGACAAAGAGAAUUAGAGAAAAAGAAAUAUCACCUGCUGACAAUUGCAACGAAAAUGAUGAAAAAUCAAGAAAAGAUGAUUCGAUAUUGAUUGAGGAUGAUGAAAGAUUAUGUGAAGAAAAAUUUGCCGAAAGUGAAAAAGAAAAUCAUACAUCUCUUUCACCGCUUUUAUUCUCUUCUACAAUUGAUUCGGAACUCAAAGAAGGAGAUGAAACUAUAGGGAAAAAUGAGAACAACGAUAACUCCAAAGUUGAUGAUGAAAAUGAUGAGAAAUUUCUUUCCACGAAGAACGAGUUUCUAUUAACAGAGAAUUCGUAUCUUAAAACCAAGAACAAAAGAUUGCAACAAGAAUUGAAUUCAUCUAUCGAGAAUGUGGCGAAAAAACAAAAAAGAAUUGUGGAACUUGAGGAAAUUUUCACUAAAGAAAUCGAGAAAAAUAAUUCGAUUAAAACUAUAUUACAAAAUUGAUAUUGAAGAUGGAUUCGUCGCGACACAGAUGGAAGAGAAAGUCUUAAUUUUAUUUUUAAAUGUUCCUGUCAUUUUGGAAAUUUUGAAAAUUUUCCUUUUAAAUUUUAAACUAUGUACAAUUACUAUUAUUAUGUAAUACUUAUUAUUUUUUUACCUGCUAAUAAUUA